AUGGUUGUAUUUCUAGCAUCACAAACCAAGCAACCAAGCACACUCAUACCUCCCCAACAAGCUCCUACUAACAUCACAUAUACUCCACCUUCUCUGUGUUUAACAGCGUCAUGUAUCCAAAUGGCAAAUGCUUUUCUCGAAUCAAUGAAUCAGUCUGCUCAGCCCUGUGAAGAUUUUCACGAGUUUGUAUGUGGUCGUUGGGUGAGAUCGAAUAUUGUACCGAAAGGUUACUCAGGUUGGUCGAUCCCUCGAGAACUUUCUCGAAAAAAUUUGAUUGUAUUGAAAAGUUUACUUGAAACAACACCGCUCGUCGCAUCAUCUGAUCAACUGGUUAAUAGUGAAGCAGAAGCAAUUAAAUUUUAUCGAGCAUGUAUGAACUUAAGUGAAAUCGAGCAACGUCAAAGUCGACCUUUACAUGAAUUUUUUGAGAAAAAUUUAAAUAUGUCGAUUAAAGAUUGGAUUCAAUUAGAUUCAAAUAAUGAGAUAAUGAUUAAAGAUUUAUUUGUUCGAUUAACUCAUAUAUUAAGCAUUAAAUAUGGUUUUACAUAUUUUAUGCCCAUAUCAAUCGCACCAGAUGAUAAAAAUUCUACAUAUAAUAAUAUUCAUGUAAGCCUUAAUCAACCACAACUUGGUCUAGAGAGUCGAGAUUAUUACAUUAAUUCAUCGUUGAAUAACAAAAGUGAUCCAGACACUGAUACUAGAAACAAAAUUAUUCGUGAAACAUAUGCCAAGGUUGGUGUCGAACUACUCAAAUUGCUUAGUUUUAAUGAAACAGAAGCAAAACAACGUGUUGAAGCAAUUAUUGAAUUUGAAAGAGAAUUGGCCGUUAUAAGUCUUCCUAUGGAGAUAUUACAACGCCCAAAUGAAACGUAUUAUUUAAUGACUUUAAAAGAGUUGCAAUCUUAUUUUAAUGAUACUCAUCUUGAUCUUUAUAAAUUAUUUAAUGAGUAUGUGAAUGUUAACUCGUCGAAUAACAUCAUAUUAGGUGACAACGAUCAAUUCAUUGUCUUGUCAUUGGAGUUCGUCUCGAAUCUUGCGAAAGUUUUGUCGAGUUAUUUGAAUUCACCAACAAAACGUCGUGUCGUCAUUGAUCAUUAUUUAUUUUCACUUGUAUUCGAUGUUGGAGCACAUUUAUCAACAGAAUUUGAAAAGGCACAACUACCAUUAUUGAAAGAACUCUAUGGGGUUGAAGAGCAACCAAACCGCUGGGAACAUUGUGUUACUGAAACAGACAAUUCUUUCGGUUAUUAUGGUGGAAUAGGUUCAUUAUACGUUAAAGCCGUGUUUAAUGUAACUGACCGGAGUAAAGCAAAUGAAUUAAUUACAAAUAUUCGACUAAUGUUUGAACAAAAUCUUCAGACCUUAACGUGGAUAGACGAACCAUCGCGAAAAGAAGCAAUUAAAAAAUUGAAAAAAAUUACAGAAAAAAUUGGUUAUCCUGAUUUCAUACAUGAUAAAGUAAAAUCAAAUGAACGAUAUGCUGGUUAUUCAAUGUUUGAAACUGAAUAUUUUAACAAUGUUAUACGUGUAUUUGAACGUGAACGAAGACGUAUAAGGUUAAAAUAUCGAAAAAAAGUAGAUAAAGCAGACUGGAGUAUGACACCAAGAACUGUGAACGCAUAUUAUGCGCCGCAAGGAAAUGAGAUCGUCUUUCCUGCAGGUAUACUUCAGCCGCCAUUUUUCCAUAAAGAUUUACCGGUGUCAAUAAACUAUGGUGCAAUUGGAACGGUUAUUGGUCAUGAAGUUACGCACGGUUUUGAUGAUCAAGGAAGAGAAUAUGAUUCGGAUGGUAACAUGCGUACUUGGUGGACAAAGGAUGCAUUGGAUAAGUUUGAAGAGAAAACAAAAUGCUUUAUUAACCAAUAUUCAAAAUAUGCACUUGAUGGACAAAAUGAAAAUGGACAAAGAACAUUGAGUGAAAAUAUUGCUGAUAAUGGUGGUGUCAAACUAGCCUAUUUAGCAUAUGAAUUACAAAAACAGAAAAAUAGUGAAAGUAAUUUACUAUUACCAGGAUUAUCAUACAAUGGUGAUCAGCUGUUUUUCAUUGCUUUUGCCCAUAAUUGGUGUAAUCUCGAAACGAAGAAUGCUCAACAUUAUGAUUUAAUUAAUGAUCCUCAUAGCCCAGCGAAAUAUCGUAUUAUUGGUACAAUGGCUAAUUCUGACGAAUUUUUGAAAGCAUUUUCAUGUUCAAAAACAUCUACAAAGAGUUCACUGGAAAAAUGUCAGUUAUGGUGA